AUGUCUUUUAGAAUUCAAUACAAUAAGCAUCUGCUGGAAAAGUUCCCCAGGACUUCCACACUUCGUGGUGCUACGGAAUCUCUGGUUCAACGAAGAAUGCGACUUUUGCGCCGAUUACGAGCGCUAAAUAAGGAGGAUUAUCAAAAAGCUUUGGAAGCGCUUAACCUUGACAAUGUCCGACAUCUUAACCCUUUCGAUUUCGGCGAUAGUUCAGAAGCUGACGCGAGGAAGAAAAAUGUUCGGGCAGAAUGCUAUCAACAAAGACUUGCGCGAUUAGCAAGAUUUAAAAAGGACUUAGCUGCAACCAGGGACGAAUUUUUCGAAAACAAAGAAAAGGACCUCUCCGAAUUGGUUGAAAAGGUGUCAAGUCUUGGACUAGAAAAGCCAGAUGCUGAGGUUAAACUCCGAGAUCUCUUCGAUAUUGUCAUGAAAGAGCGCCAAGUUGAGGCCCUAUCACCUACCCAGGUUGACAAGCUGCAAUGGUAUGCGAAAGAGAGAGUUCUUCGGCGCCAUGUUGCCAACUCAAUACUUGAAAGGGAAGCCCAACAGUUACGAGCAAGAAGAAAGUAG